AGCGUCGGGACACGUUCGUUAAUGUUGUGUGUAGAGGCGACGGCGGCUGCUCCCUCCAGGUACCCGCACCCCUCUCUCACUGCUCCCUCCAGCACUUCUUUCGAGCUACAAGUGUCCGCAGCAGUUAAUGUGAAAGUUCCCCAGUUGCAGUCUGUCGAUCAACCGUAGCGAGAACGUGUUCUAUCGGAAUGUUGAUUAAGUAUGGCUGGCGAGGAUACACCUGAUGGAGAUGGGCCAUUGUAAUAUUGGAAAAAUCCAGUCCAAGAUUCUUUCCUAUAUAACUGUGAAACAUUUAUUAGAAAUGAAAAGAAAGGAAAGAUAAGUGAUUGGAAUAAGAAAAAUGAAAAAAUAAUACAAAUUCAUAAUAUUAAGAAAAUAAUAUAAAAAAAAUUAUUGUAAAAGAAAAGUGAACAUUGCUCAACCUUUUGUAUUUGGGAGAAAUGUGAAAAAACAUUAAAGUAAUAACUAGCAGUUGUGGAGAAGCUGAAGUGUAAGAGCAUUCUUAAUAUAAACAACAAUAAUAUAAUGUGAAGGCUAUUAAGCCUGUCCAUAUCAUUGAAGGGUCAAGUUUCCGAGAGAUUGCAAAUGGCACGCGUACUGUAAAUCCAGAAGUAACUGGAGGCACACCUCUGCGACACAAGGUGAGAGCAAAUGUCUUACAGAAGGCCGGAUAUGAACCUGUGCAACACACCUUAAGAACAAACAUUGUGCAGGAGACCAGAGGUACACCUCUACGACAAGGUGAGAGCAAACGUUAUACAGAAGGCCGGAUAUGAACCUGUGCAACACACCUUAAGAACAACAAACAUUGCGCGGGAGACCAGAGGCACACCUCUAUGACAAGGUGAGAGCAAACGUUAUACAGAAGGCCGGAUAUGAACCUGUGCAACACACCUUAAGAACAACAAACAUUGUGCGGGAGACCAGAGGCACACCUCUACGACACAAGGUGAGAGCAAACAUGAUGCAAGAAACUGGAAGAAUACACGUACAAUGCAGUGUGAGAGAAAACAUCGUGAAAGAGUAUAGAGGUCAUAACAUGUGACCAGUACAGAGAUCUUGGAUGGUAUGACCAAUAAAAAGGUGGCAUGCAAAAGGAAGGGCAAUUUUCUAAAUGACAAAACUGAAAAAUCAGUAGCUAUGGAAACUGAAGCACAACAACCUCCACUGAACACUGAUGGUUCAGAGGAUUCAGGAUUUUCCUUUAGACUUGAUGAUAGCAUUACCAAUAAAGAUAAAAGUUGUAUAAUAGAAAAUGAUAUCAUCAUUUUACUUGAUGAAAACAUUAUAAUUUUUGAUGAUAUAGCUUUAUAUUAUGACAUCUUCCCAGAAAAUGGAGAGCAUAGUGAUAUGCGAGAUAAUAACACUAUGAUAAAUCUUGAAUUUCAAGUACAGAACAACUCAAAUUGUGUCAACAUUUCUAAGCAGGAGCAUGGAGUUAUGGUUGAGAGGCAACUGGAGAACGACAAGUGUACAUCAGUGCGCAGUGCAUGGAGUACAUUUGUUCUCAAGGUGGUGAGUGAGGAUUUAACGGAUAACAUUGCUCUCUUAAGAUUGCUCUCACCAGAUAAAGAUGGAAAACAGAGAUUUUUUGUUCAAGGUAUUAUUAAAAAUACAUUGGGCUUUAAUUUUGCUGGCAUGUUUUCUUAUUUUAGUGGUCUGAAAAAUUGUAACAUGGAUAAAGAUGUGUAUCUUUUUAAUAUGAAACUUUUGAAGGAACAAAUUGAGAAAGCAGAUAACACUGCAUUUCAUUUUGAUGGCAUACAUAAAGAAGAAUUAAACAUAAUAUGCCAGAUUACUAAAAGAGCAGUGGAUAUCAUUAUUGAACAGGAUAAUGCAUUCAGAAUAAAUAAGAAUACAAAUGUCAUUUCUACUAAUUUAAUGAGUGCUUAUACAGAGAUUUCAAAUAUUAUAAAAAUUGUAGACUUUUGCACACUUUCAACAGGAAAGCCUUUUGAUGUGUGUCAAACUGAACAAUUAAAUAACAACUGUGUAAAACACUCAACAUACAUUUCAAAUGAUUCCUGCUCCUUCAACAAACAAAAAGAUAGUUUAUGUAAAGGAGGCCCUGAUGGCAAUACACACAAAGAUGUUGCCACCCAAACCCAUGGCUACUUAAAUAUUUGUACUCAGUCUCACUUUCAUGAUAAAGACAAAUGGAUAAGUAGGAAAAUUCCAGGUCUUGGAGAGAAAAUAUUUGUCAAUUUAGAGAGUUGGAGGCCAGGAAAUGGCAGUAAUUGGUCUUCCAGUGACCUUCAUAUAAUAAUAGAGAAAGAAGAUGGAACCAUAGAAGAGGAUUUCUUUACACUACCCAUUGGAAAGUGUUCAGCUGGUGUUCCUGGACAACAUUCAGAAUGUGAUGAGCAGAAGCAGAAUAAGAAGUGUAGCAGAGCAAACAGACUUGCUAACAUAGCUGGUGUGGCUCCACAGACAAUGUGUCAACUCCUACCUUGUGCAGAUAAUAGUGUCACCACAACAGGUAUAGGAAUGAGCCUUGCAGAAAAGGAGGCCUGUUCACUCUCUUCAAGUUAUAAUAGUGAGACCUUCAAUAAUGCACAACGGUGCUCUCCCUCAAGAGAUUUAUACAACAGCUUAAAGAUUGUAGAUGUAAAUAAUAUGAAUGACAAUGACUGGGUAGAAGGUUUUGUCUCUCCUGAUCCAUUGUUAAGUCAGUGUGGAAAUAUAAAGGCAAAUAGACCUAAUUUUGUUAAUCAAGAAUCUGAAAAAAACAUAAAUUUGUCUCCAGAUAUGUUCAGUGAGAAACAAGGCAAAAAGGAAGCGUUUAGAGUUUUGAAAACUGCUUUACUCUCACGAGAUGAACACAGUGCCAGCAGAGAUGAUGAGGCAGGACCUGAGAAUACAAGUGAAAAUAUUAAUAUAAAUGACAUUGAUCUGAAGGAAAAUGAUCACACAAACUCUAAAGAUACAAACUGGACCAGAAGUUUUUCAAGGAAAUUAAAGGCAGUUGGUAUCAAUGAGCACUUGUCACCAAGAACAUCCACAAUAGGAUUGGAAACUCAUGAAAUUUUCAAGACACAGAAUGAUCCUUGCAAUUCUUCCUCAGGAGACAUUGAAAUAUUAGCAAACUAUUUUUCAUUUAAUUCGCCCAAAAAAAGCAAAAAGUGUAGUUGUGUAGAUGCAGUGGAUGAAGUGUCACCAUUGCCCAUGGUUUGUAGACGAUUAGUAAGUGGGAGCCCAAGUGUGAAAACCAAUCUCAUUUCUAACGACUCUGCAGGUAAGACGCCAGCAAAGAAUUGCAACAAAGCCUUUACAAGAGAAGCACAAAGGCAUGGUAUGAGCAGCACCAGCAAGCUUCAUCAUUGCCCCGCAUCACAAGAUCCAACUGCCAAUGACAGAAAACAUAAUAUUUCCAGUAACAAAUGUGGGUGUUCAUUUGCAUAUGAUGUACACAUGCCAUUACUUUUCACUGCUAAACCUUCCCUGUUGGCAGGUAGACAGCUUAUGGAACCAACAAACAAGUCUGCCAGUAUUCAAGGUCAUAGGAGUCACAAACGAGUCAAGCUUAGUGCUUGUACUGAUAAGAUCAAAAAGUUUAGACAAAGAAAGAAACGUAAGGCCAGGAGGAGAAACCAUAGGAAAUUAACAUAAUAAUUUAUUUUUUGUUGCAAAUUUAGAAAACAAAAGUAUAAAAUUACUGCAUGUAAUAAUAUGUUCUGUAAUAUACUGUAAUAGUGAGAAGAUAGGGGAAACCUUUUAAAGGUUUGUAAAAAAAAUUUUUACAGAAGUUCACUCAAAUUUUAUUAAAACAUUUUUGUACAAACUUUCACUUUUUCCAGAUUUAGCUUAACCCUUAAACUGCGCAACGCGCCUGCAGGC